AUGGAAAGAAGGCUACUAAAGAAGGAAAUGAAAAAACUCCUGGGAGAUUAUAUUGGCAUCAGACUUCGGGAAAAUGAAUUUGACCCAAAAGGAAGAAGGCAACUCACCUUUCUAGAUGAUAUGGCACACUAUGACUUGGCCAUCAAUGUUGCUCUGCAGUGGCUGGAUCACUCAGAAGACUUAACUUGGCUGGAGUGGGAGAAAGUGAAAAUGCCAUUUCGGGGUAGACCCAUAUAUCCAAACCACAGAGAACGAGAAGCAAUGAUUUUAUCGUCUUAUGCUGGAAUCUUAAUGAACAGUAUCCCGAUUGAGGAAGUCUUUAAAAUUUAUGGGGCUGAUUCUUCUACCAAUUCUGUUGCUACCAAGGUUCCCAGAGCUCCACCCUUCCACCUCUCCUUGCACCCUUUUGCCAUGUUAACAGCACCCAAAGCAGCAGAAUAUGCCCGCAAACAGAGUGUCAAGUUAAGAAGGGGAGCAACAAAUCAAAAUGCCACCAGCAGCUCUACAAAGGAAGCAAAUGUCACAGAAUGGAAACCAUAA